CGCCGCCGCCGCCGCCGCUCCCCGCCUCUCCCGCUCGCCACUGCGGCGGCUCAGGGCGAGCCGCUCGUCCUCCCCUCUCGGCUCCCUCCCCGGCCGCCGCCCGGCAAGAGGCUCCACGGCGCAGGCCCGCCGCAGCGCAGCCGCUCUGAGUGGGUGUUAGAUGGAAGAGCACGGCGUGAGCCAGUCGGAGCACAUGGCCACCAUCGAGGCCCACGCAGUGGCCCAGCAGGUGCAGCAGGUCCAUGUGGCCACCUACACGGAGCACGGCAUGCUGAGCGCCGACGAGGACUCCCCCUCCUCGCCUGAGGACACCUCCUACGAUGACUCUGACAUCCUCAACUCCACAGCCGCCGACGAGGUCACUGCCCACCUGGCUGCUGCAGGUCCUGUGGGGAUGGCAGCAGCUGCUGCCGUGGCGACGGGCAAGAAGCGGAAGCGACCUCACGUCUUUGAGUCCAACCCCUCCAUCCGCAAGAGGCAGCAGACGCGCUUGCUGCGGAAGCUCCGAGCCACGCUGGACGAGUACACCACCAGAGUGGGCCAGCAGGCCAUCGUCCUCUGCAUCUCCCCCUCCAAGCCCAAUCCUGUCUUCAAAGUGUUCGGUGCUGCCCCCUUGGAGAAUGUGGUACGCAAGUGCAAGAGCAUGAUCCUGGAAGACCUGGAGUCAGCACUGGCUGAGCACGCUCCUGCCCCUCAGGAGGUUAACUCAGAGUUGCCACCCCUCACCAUUGAUGGCAUUCCUGUCUCUGUGGACAAGAUGACCCAGGCACAGCUCCGAGCCUUCAUCCCUGAGAUGCUGAAGUAUUCCACAGGGCGUGGCAAGCCAGGCUGGGGCAAGGAGAGCUGCAAGCCCAUCUGGUGGCCUGAGGACAUUCCCUGGGCCAACGUCCGCAGCGACGUCCGCACGGACGAGCAGAAGCAGAGGGUGUCGUGGACCCAGGCCCUGCGCACCAUCGUCAAGAACUGCUACAAGCAGCACGGCCGCGAGGACCUGCUCUACGCCUUCGAGGACCAGCAGACACAGCAGCAGAGCACCACCACGCACAGCAUCGCCCACCUCGUGCCCUCGCAGACCGUGGUGCAGACCUUCAGCAACCCCGACGGCACCGUGUCCCUCAUCCAGGUUGGUACUGGUGCCACAGUUGCCACAUUGGCUGAUGCCUCAGAGCUGCCCACCACAGUCACCGUCGCACAAGUCAAUUACUCCGCGGUGACCGACGGCGAGGUGGAGCAGAACUGGGCGACGCUACAGGGAGGUGAGAUGACCAUCCAGACGACGCAGGCAUCAGAGGCCACGCAGGCGGUGGCAUCCUUAGCAGAAGCAGCAGUGGCAGCAUCUCAGGAGAUGCAACAAGGAGCAACUGUUACCAUGGCACUCAACAGUGAAGCAGCUGCCCACGCAGUAGCCACUCUUGCUGAAGCCACUCUUCAAGGUGGAGGACAAAUUGUCCUAUCUGGUGAAACUGCAGCAGCAGUAGGAGCACUUACUGGAGUUCAAGAUGCCAAUGGGAAGAUGAACCAAGAUGAGUCUCUAGCAACUUGGCAAAGUGCAGAUGAGCUUGCUUGCGCCCAGGAGGACAGGAAGGAAAGAGUGGAGCUUUUUGUAGGGUCUUCCCAGAGGGAACAGAUUUUAUUGUUGAAGCGUUGCCCUGAAACAGGCCUCGUCCAGAUCCCUGUCAGCAUGUACCAGACAGUGGUGACCAGCUUGGCCCAGGGCAAUGGCCCUGUCCAGGUGGCCAUGGCCCCCGUUACCACCAGGAUAGCAGACAACGCCGUCACCAUGGACGGGCAAGCGGUGGAAGUGGUGACCUUGGAGCAGUGAUGAUGCCCACCCAGAAGACCCAAGAUCAUGGGAUGCAAUCAACCUGCAUCAGAGAUCUCCCAGCUUUGGAAGCGAAGCGAAGGUUUUGUGAACCUUUAUUUGAGGAAGGGGGGGAGGGGGUUGAGGUUUUUUU